CCCGGAUCCCUAUGGCAACAGGCGCUUGCGACAGGUGCGAGUGUUAUUUACGGGUCGAGCCUGAAAUAGCCGGUGGGGUGAGGGGGUGGGCGGAUGGGGCGAGGCAGGGAGCGAGCGCAGCAGGUCCGGAGAGCUGACUGGGUAGAGGCGAGCAAAGCUGGACGCUUCGGAGGCAUCGCGGAGCUGGGGCCGGCGUGGCGCAGAGGCAGGAGAGCUCAAGGGACCCGUGCCCGGGAGACCCGGGUGGGAAGUCCAAAGGGAGCGCGGGACCCUGAGCUGAGUUUGGAGCGAUCCUGGCCGAGCAGGACUUGGGAGCCCGGGGGAGGGGGAGCCGAGUAACUGCAGACAGACUGACUGAGAGUCCCUUUCCAACUCCUGUGUCCCCCAGGGUAUUUUGCCUUGGUUUUCUAAGCCAGAGUGUAGACCACAGUGCCUUGGUCUGAGCCCUGUCCUGACUACAGAGAGUCCCCAGCCUCUUUUUCUGGACCUCAUUGUGAUUCUCAGCCACUGUAGGAGACCUGGGCUCUUUUUUGAGUAGUCCCUGGCUCGCCCAUACCCCCUCGAAUUCCAGUGGGGUCCCAGAUUUGCUGUGAAUACUGGAGCUUCCACUUGCCUCUCUCAGACUUGGAGCGAUUUCUAACUUUACCAGUGAAAUCCCAAUUCUAACUUUUGUAUAGCCCAAAAGUGUUCUGAGAUUCCUCCUUUCUCAAAUUCUGAGCCAGAAGAAAUCUAAACUAUAUCUCAAACACACGAAAAACCUCAGCUCCCCUCUUUUCAAGGGAAAACUGUGAGACUUACGGGAGACCCCAUCAGCAACCUUUGGAAACUGGGCAAGUUUUCCCUUGGGCUCCUCAGUUUUCUCAUUGGCUAGGUAAACCUCAGAGUAGCCUAGCUUUUUCUCUAGGCCUCACCUGUGCCACGUUCAUGUGCAUAAGCCCUGGUAGCAUCCUUAGGCCAAAAAUAUAGUUAGUUUCUCUUCUCAGGGGCAAAGGCCUCCACUCUUGCAUUUGGGGCUCAGCUUUUUCUCAUUCCCGAUCUAGUUGACACUGAGCCUACUACUUCCUUUGAAAGUCUAGGCCCUGCCCCCUGCCCCUUAGGACCCGCUGCACAGGUCUUUCUGACUCCUUGAGGCUCGCCUGAGCUCCAGCGGAUCCCAUCAUCAUGAUGUGGUCUAACUUCUUCAUGCAAGAGGAAGACCGACGCCGGACAGCUGUGGGCCGGCGUCGUGCCCAAGAACAGCAGAAUCUCGGCUUGACUCCGGAGCGAGAGGGCAAGAUCAAGCUGGGGUUGCUGGUGGCAAUCGUGGGUGCUACGCUGGCUGUGCUGGCUGUGGGCACCGAGUUCUGGGUGGAACUCAAUACAUACAAGACCAAUGGCAGCGCCGUCUGUGAGGCCGCCCAUUUGGGGCUGUGGAAGGUGUGCAUCAAGCGACUGUGGCAGGCGGAUGUGCCCGCGGGCAGGGAGACCUGUGGCCCAGCUGAGCUGCCAGGAGAAGCAAACUGCACCUACUUCAAAUUCUUCACCACGGGGGAAAAUGCGCGCAUCUUCCAGCGAACCACCAAGAAAGGCCUGCUGCUCUUUGUCAGCCUGGAGGUGUUCCGGCAUUCCGUAGGAGCCCUGCUGCAGGGAGUCAACCCUGAGACCCCUCCAGCUCCACGCCUGGCCUAUGAGUAUUCCUGGUCCUUAGGCUGUGGUGUGGGCGCUGGUCUAAUCCUGCUGCUGGGGGGAGUCUGUUUCCUCCUGCUCACCUUGCCUUCCUGGCCCUGGAGGUCACUGUGCCCCAAGUGGGGUGGCCCAACCGCCUAGAGCCUGCUUUCUGAAGACAUCUGCCAACCCUGUCUCAGUUUCCAGCUUUCUCCUCAAGAGUUUUCAUCUCUCUUCUAGAGAAAUUGUUUUUCCCACUCUGGGGGGCCCAUUUCACAAAAUGUCUUGGUCCCUCCCUCAUCUUCUCCCUGUAAAUAAUGCUUUUGGGGGUGAGGGGAAUGGCUUAGUGAGUAAAGUGCUUGCUGAGCAAGCUUGAGGGCAUGGAGUUUGAAUCCCCAGAACCCACUUUAAAAGCCAGUACAGCAGCACAUGUCUGUAAUUCCAAUGUUGUGAAGGCAGAGAUUAGAGGAACCCUGGAACUCACUGAUAGGCUAAUUAGUCUAGCCAAUUAAUGAGAUCAGGUUUAGUGAGAGACCCCUUAAGAACUAAGGCAGAAGCAACAAAGGAAGAUGCUAAACUCUGAACCCCCCUCCCCCCCCUACACUCUUUUUUUUCUUGGUAGAUGAUUUUGGGUUGCUUGAGGUAGGAUGGGAAGAGGUUAUAUGCAAAUGGGGAUCCGUGGGGAAACUUCUGGGACUGAGGGAGUGUUAGCUGGUGAGAGGGCUAGGUCCUGAGGUCCUGGAAGGACUGGGGAGCUUUCUUUGUCCAAGUCUAUACUGACUCACUCAAGGGAGAGAUGUCCUACGACUGCCUGGUGGGACAGGGAAGAGCCCUGGUCCGACUUCACUGUCAUCUGACUUGGGAUUAAAGGUUUGAAGAUGUGACUGUA